UUCACCCAUAACAUUAAGAGAGUUAAUUCUACCUCUCCGAGAAGCAGAUUCCUGGCAUAGAUAUAAGAACAUAGGGGAUCUUAAAAAAGCGGGUAUUCGAGUGAAAGCAAGCCAACAUGAAUGGAAAUGGGGUAACAUUUCUUUCAUCUCCAGCACGUUUAGCGGACAAUUGAUGCUUCCAGGGAUUGUGAUUGAUGAUGUCACACCUUAUCUGUAUCACAACUUGAUUGCAUAUGAGAUGUGUCCGGAUUUUGAUAACAACUUCGAAUUUUGCUCUUACUUUUCUUUGAUGGAUUCCUUGGUUGAUGAUGCCGAGGAUGUGAAAGAGCUCAGAGCAGCUGGUGUCCUCCAAAAUUUGCUUGGAAGUGAUGAAGACGUGGCCAAACUCUUCAAUGAAUUAGGCCAUGUAUUGCCAAGCAAACUGUUCAACGCCGAAAGCUAUGACAAUAGAUAUGUUGCAGUCAAGCUUCGAAUCGAUGCGCAUUACAGAAACAAAUGGAAGACUUCGUUGGCUCAACUACGCAGCACCUACUUCAAUACCCCAUGGUCUCACAUUGCCUUCUUUGCUGCUUUGUUAGUAUUGGCUCUCACUUUAAUCCAAACAUGGUAUGCUAUGCCUAUAAAUUCUAAGUAGUAAGGUCAGAUAUAAAGCGAACUCACCAGAAUAAGUAAGGUUUAAUCUUUAUAUGUAGGUAGCAGGUGGUUUCAUCUCUUAUGAUACGAGCUUUGUGGAACAAACUCAAAGUUGUCAUGUAUCAAUUGGUCUAAUUAUUACAA